UAUUUUGUCUUUUCAAUUUUAACUUUUAAUUUUUCUCAGAUUUAUUUUUAGUUUUCUUUUCCCCUUGCUCACGAUACCCUCCUCUCUUUACUCCUUCCUUCUACACUGUCUCUUGUACCUUUCUUCCUAGCUCUGAACUCUCCUUCGCCUCACAGUGAUAAGUAAAGAUGUCUAGAAGAUAUGAUAGCCGUACUACAAUCUUCUCCCCUGAGGGUCGUCUCUACCAAGUUGAGUACGCAAUGGAGGCCAUUGGUAAUGCAGGUACCGCAAUUGGAAUAUUGUCAAAGGAUGGUGUCGUCUUGGUUGGUGAGAAGAAAGUAACAUCCAAACUCCUGCAAACCUCAACUUCCACUGAGAAAAUGUACAAGAUCGAUGACCAUGUUGCAUGUGCUGUGGCCGGAAUAAUGUCCGAUGCCAACAUCCUGAUAAAUACCGCAAGAGUUCAAGCUCAGCGCUACACAUUCUCUUACCAAGAGCCAAUGCCUGUUGAGCAGCUAGUUCAGUCACUUUGUGACACUAAGCAAGGCUACACACAGUUUGGUGGUCUCCGACCCUUUGGUGUUUCAUUUUUGUUUGCAGGGUGGGACAAGAAUUUCGGCUUCCAGCUUUACAUGAGUGACCCUAGUGGUAACUAUGGUGGCUGGAAAGCUGCUGCAAUCGGUGCAAACAACCAAGCAGCACAAUCAAUGCUUAAACAGGACUACAAGGACGACAUGACAAGGGAAGAGGCGGUCCAGCUGGCGCUCAAGGUUUUGAGUAAGACCAUGGACAGCACAAGUCUUACUUCUGAGAAACUUGAAUUGGCCGAGGUCUACCUUUCGCCGUCUGGAAAUGUGAAGUACCAAGUUUGCUCGCCUGACUCUUUGAGCAAGUUGUUGGUGAAGUUUGGUGUGACUCAACCAGCUCCAGAGUCUUCUUAAGUCAUUUUUAUACAUUUUCAUGGUAUUAGCAAAGGUUGGACUAUCUCUUCAGUUAAAACUAUUCUCCAGUGUCAAACCAUUUGUGAUACUUGAUGGGUUUAUCUUUUAAGUAUGUUGUAAGUGACAUUUUUCUCUAGUUUAAAUUGUUUGGUAUCAACUAA